AUGGACAAGCCGCAAUGGUACGGAGACAUGCAGUCCGCUGUUGGUAACCUGUUCGAUGAACACGCCAGACAGGCUGAAGUGGAAACGCAGGCUCAGGCGGGGCUUUUGGAGAGUGAAGGUGGCGAGACCGAUGCUGGGUCGACGAUUAUGGUUCCUUUGGGAAAAGUAUGGACCGUCCCAUACUGUCUCCGAAUGUGGAAACGCUAUCCGGAAAUAAUGAGCUUCGACGACACGUACAAUACAAACCGCUUCAAGCUGCAGGUCUUUCAGAUUAUUACCGACUACGAUCAGGCGAUGAAGGAAGCACUGGAUAGCCAGUAUCCCGAGAUGCCAGCAACAGUUAUGUAUCCACCAUAUCAACGCAAACGUUCUUCUUAA